GAUGUCGUGCGGGUCUAGUGUAUUGGAUGGGCACUGACUAUCGCUGGAAUCAAAGGCCGCUAGCGACGACUACAGGUGAUAGCCACUCGAGCCGGGGGAAGAUCCCUGUGCUGGCUGCUGUCUUAAUUCGACUAUCGACGAAUCGUCAUUUAUCCCCCUGGUGAAGUCUCCACGAGCCCAGGACACGGUUCGUCCUUCGCGAUGCUUCCUGGAUUCUCAAUCACCCUCGACGAAUCAGCAAAAAUCUAAAUCACACACGUUCAAAAACGUUUGAGUCUCCUUCCACUUGAGUUCGCUGUGCUAGCCAAUGGCUCUGUGCUGUAGCCCACUAGCGCCGCAUACUUCAGCCUUCCGUGCGCUAUUGAUCUUCCGGCGCGAUGACAGGUCGAGCACGCCGUCGCAUUCUCUGCUUGAUGUGACGCGCAACCCAGAUAUAUGUACCUGGCCGCAGUAACGGUUUCAAGGAUGUCUGGGCGAAAUCUUUGCCUCUGCUGCCGACUGAUCGGAGCGGAGAAUAUGAUAGAUCUGACUCGCAACCACAAUGGCACAACGGGCUUCAUUGAAUUUUCUUGUUGCAAGACAGAAUCUCCUUGAUCCCAGCAAUGAUCCCAACAUUGGGUCUUCUAGGGGCAAUGCGACGUCAACAGCCUCUGAAACCCUGAACACUCUGACUGGUGGGGGUGAAGGCUCAACUUCUCUCUCGUCUCUCUUGUCGACAUUGCUCCCUGCCUUGGUGCUGGCCACUAUAUGGUUUUCUAUCUUUCUCAUCUUCCGCCGAACGCAGAUACGAUGGUAUGCCCCGAGAAGCCAUCUGCCUUGUUUGCAUCAAUAUGAGAGAAGCCCCACCCUGCCUAAAGGCUUUUUAAGCUGGCUGGGACCUUUUCUGAAAAUCUCCGACUCUCAUGUUCUCAACCAUCAUUCCAUGGAUGGCUAUCUCUUCCUACGCUACCUUAGAGUACUUUGUUCGACAUUUAUGGCAGGCUGUCUGAUUGUAUGGCCGGUCAUUAUACCGAUAAAUGCGACAGGAGGCGUAGGGAACACGCAGCUUGAUGCUCUGAGCUUCAGUAAUGUCAAAAACCCGAAACGUUACUAUGCCCACGCUGUCAUGGCAUGCGUGUAUUUCACCUAUGUCUUCUAUACGGUCACGAGAGAAAGCAUAUUUUACGCCAACCUUAGACAGGCUUAUCUCAACUCGCCUGCAUACGCCCAUCGGAUGUCGUCUAGAACGGUUCUAUUCAUGUCAGUCCCGGACGACUAUAAAGAUGAAAGGAAACUACAACAAGUGUUCGGCGACACUAUCCGGCAGAUAUGGAUAACAUCCGAUUGCAGAGAGCUAGAAAAGAAGGUCCAGGAAAGAGACAAGUUUGCGCACCGCCUGGAGCGGCUGGAGACAAGGUUGAUACGAUCAGCAAAUUCGAUGCACCUGAAGCUUCUGAAAUCUGGAGCAAUCCCUGCUUCCGACUGUGCCGACUGCGAGUGUGGCCCAGCCAUGUAUCACGAGAUCAAGCGACCUACUCAUCGUCGCCCGAUGCUAUUUGGCGAGAAAGUGGACUCCAUUCGAUGGCUCCGCGAGGAGAUUGUAAGAUUGACCAAGGAGAUUGAGGGGCAACAAGAGAAGCAUCGAAACAGGGACGCGAAACUUCUCUCCGCGAUUUUUAUUGAGUUCAACUCUCAGUCUGAUGCCCAGGUUGCCCUGCAAACCCUAUCUCACCAUCAGCCCCUUCAUAUGACUCCGCGCUUCACUGGCAUCUCCCCCGAUGAGGUCGUUUGGUCGGCAUUGAAUCUCAGUUGGUGGCAACGUAUUGUGCGUCGCUUCAUUGUCCAGGGUGGAAUUGCUGCUUUGAUUAUCUUUUGGAGUAUCCCAUCUGCUCUUGUUGGUACUAUUUCCAAUAUCACCUACAUAUCCAAGGAGAUUCCCUUCCUUUCGUGGAUAGAGGACCUUCCCGCAGUAAUCAAGGGUGUGAUUGCCGGCUUACUGCCAGCUGCCGCCUUGGUUCUCUUGAUGUCGCUUGUUCCCAUCAUCUGCCGCUUUUGCGCUAGACGUGCCGGUGUGCCCUCAGCAGCUCGGGUGGAGUUGUUCACUCAGACUGCGCACUUCUGCUUCCAAGUGGUGAACGUUUUCCUCGUCACUACGCUCACGAGCGCUGCCUCUGCAGCGACUGCACAGAUCAUUCAGGACCCGCUCUCAGCCAAGGACCUACUUGCUGAGAAUCUUCCUAAAGCUACAAACUUCUAUAUAUCUUACUUCCUCCUGCAGGGCUUGACCACCAGCUCCCUAGCCGUGGUGCAAAUCAUGAGCGUCCUUGUCUUCAAACUAAUAACCACAUUCUUCGACGGCUCGCCGCGACGCCUAUACAGCCAAUGGGCAGCUCUUAGCGCCAUAAGCUGGGGCAACGUAUUCCCUAUAUUCACAAACAUGGGCGUUAUAGCCCUAACAUACUCCUGCAUCGCACCCCUGAUCCUUGGCUUCUGCUUCGUAGGCCUGUACCUCGUCUACCAAGCCUACCGCUACAACUUCCUCUUCGUCUAUGACAUCCGCAUCGACACCAAAGGCCUUGUCUACCCACGUGCCCUCCAACACCUCCUAACAGGCGUCUACCUCGCGAACAUCUGCAUGAUCGGCCUCUUCGCCAUUAAAUCCGCCAUUGGCCCGCUAAUCAUCAUGGUGCUCUUCACAAUCCUCACAGUCCUCGCCCACCUAAGCCUAAACGAAGCCCUGGCCCCACUAACAUCCUUCCUCCCGCGCACCCUCGACGUUGAGGGAGAAAUGCAGCAGGCAAAGGAAGAAGAUCAGGCACUCCUCAUGCAAACCCUCCCGCGCAGCCGCUGGGAGGCGGCGCUGAAGUGGUUCCAUCCGAACCUGUACAGGGACUUUGCCUCGCUACGGCGCAAGGUAAGACGGGACCACGUGGAGAUCUCGUACUCGGAGCAGGAGAGCCGCGACGCGUACUUUGAGCCGUGUGUUACUGCCCGGACGCCGACGAUCUGGAUCCCCAGGGAUAAGUGGGGUGUUAGUCGGUUCGAGGUCGAGGAGACGGACCCGAGUAUCCCGAUUACGGAUGAGGGGGCGCAUCUUGAUGAGAGGAACAAGAUCGUCUGGGACAAAUUCGAUCCUAAUCUGCCGCUCUGGGAAUUGAGGACGUUGUAUUAGGGUUCCACGGCUGGGGAUGUGCUCUACUUGGGAGUUGGAUGGCCUCGGGAGUGGAUCGGGCUCGGGUGGCUCUUGAUGGAUCAUGAUUAUGUUUACUACUUUGUCUCUCAGUGGUCUUGUUCGGCUUCUUCUUGAUGCGAUUAUGGCAGUUUAGGAAAGCAAUCAGUAAUAUGGAAACAUGCACGAGCCAAAUCUAAUCUCUCUCUCUCUCU